AUGGCCGACCGCGACCUCUCCAAAAUCCUCGCCCGCCUGCGCUCCGCCCCCCCUUCGGCACCCUACCCCGAAGUAGCCGCCCUCCUCUCGCGCGCCAAGCUCCUGCUCCUCAAGCUCAACGCCCUGACCCCGGCGCCCACCACCACACCGCAACACCUGGCCCUCGCCCGCGACGUCUACGAACAAGGCGCGUUGGCCUCGAUCCGCGCCAAGGACCCGGAAGCGUUCACCCGCUACGUCGCGCAGCUGCGGCCGUUCUACGAGCUCCUCGAUGCGACACAGAGUGGGAAGAAGGAGGCUGCUGGCGAGAGGAACAAGAUCACGGGAUUGUACCUGUUGUUGCUGCUGACGCAGGGCUUGUAUGGGGAUUUCCACAGUGAGCUGGAGGCGUUGUCGUCGGGUGAUGUGGAUGUGGAGGGGGAUCGGUACUUGGGGUACCCGAUUCGGUUGGAGAGGUGGUUGAUGGAGGGGAGCUAUGAUAGGGUGUGGAAGGCGAUGAAGAAAGGUGAAGUUCCGGGGGAGGAGUUUGGUGUAUUUUCUGAGAUCCUUACUUCCCAAAUCCGCUCCGAAAUCGCCUCCUCUAGCGAGCGCGCCUACCCCUCGCUCCCGCUUGCGUCGACCAAGAGCCUACUGUUCCUCGACUCGGAGGGUGCUGUCGUGGAGUUUGCCCGUAGCCGCGGCUGGACCGUUAAGGACGGCCAGAUCUUUUUCCCCUCGGCGCAGGAGACGGGUGAGGAGGAGCAAGAGCAGGAGAUGAGCCAGAUGGUUAUUGAGAAUACCCUAGGGUAUGCCCGCCAGCUUGAGACGAUUGUCUAG